AUGAGGCUGAUUGAUGAGAUGGCUGUCCGGAAGGCCCUGAGGAGGAACAAACUAUGCAAAGAUUUUAUCAAUUCUGUCUCCUAUCAGAUCUGUUGCUGCUGUGGGCCCUCUCCAUGCUCUUUGUGUUGUGCAUGCUUUCCUAGCAUCAAGGUGUCUAGUGGUACCAGACUGCUGUACACGUUCUUCCACAUUAUAGCCUCCACCAUAUGCUGCCUCAUGCUUUCCAGAAGAGUUUCAGAAACUGUCAAGGAGCAUGUGCCUUGGAUUUCUCUCCUGUGCAACCAUUUGCCUGGUGGUAAGGACUGUGACAAUCUUGUCGGGUAUACAGCUGUGUACCGAGUCUGCUUUGGCACUGCUUCUUUCUACUUUAUCCAGUCAGUAUUCCUUAUCAAUGUGAAGUCUACUCAGGAGUUUAGAGCCAUGGUCCACAACGGGUUUUGGUGUCUGAAGUUCCUGAUUUUGAUUGGCAUGUGUGCUGCAGCAUUCUUUAUCCCCAGUGAUUAUUUUAUACGAGUAUGGCAUUAUGUCGGUGUAUGUGGCGGGUUCUCAUUUGUUCUCAUCCAGCUCAUACUGAUAACAGCAUUUGCUCACACCUGGAACAAGAACUGGCUGACCGGUGCAUCCAAAGACAAACGCUGGUAUUUUGCUGUCCUGGUUGCCACCUUGCUCUUCUAUUCCGUUGCCUCCCUGGCCUUCUAUUUCCUGUACACCUACUUCACCCAUCCAGCUGGCUGUCUCCUGAACAAAGGGCUCAUCAGCAUUAACAUCAGCUUGUGUAUAAUCAUGUCAUUCAUUGCGAUCACCCCAUGUGUGCAGCUCAAGCAGCCUCGGUCUGGAUUGCUACAAGCUUCAAUUAUUAGCUGCUAUGUCACAUACCUUACAUUUUCAGCCCUGUCCAGUCGGCCUCCUGAAAGAGUUCAGUACAGAGGAGAGAAUAUCACAGCGUGUUUUCCAAGCAUCAGCAGCGACGGGCUACAGACAGAAGAUACAUCUAUUGCUAUUAUUGGGGCCUGCAUUAUGUACGUCUGCGUCUUGUUCGCCUGCAAUGAAGCCUCCUACUUAGCUGAAAUGUUUGGCCCAAUGUGGAUGAUUAAGGUCUACACGUACGAGUUCCAGAAGGCAUCCUGCUGCUUCUGCUGUCCAGAAGAGGACGAGGAAAGAGGGGAUAAGAACUGCGAGGAGGAUACGAACAUUGGAGGUGGACAGAGAGUCAUACACGACGAGCAUGAGCAAGUGAUCUACAGCUACUCCUUCUUCCACUUUGUAUUUGUGCUCGCCUCUCUCUAUGUGAUGAUGACGCUGACCAACUGGUUCAGCUAUGAGAAUUCUUCCUUGGAGACCACAUUCACACAUGGAAGUUGGCCUACAUUUUGGAUUAAGGUAGCAUCCUGCUGGACAUGCAUUUCCCUUUAUUUGUGGAUACUUCUGGCACCAACAUGCUUUCCUGGAAAUGGACAUAACAAAAUGAUUGGGCCACCACAACAUGUACUGAAACGAAGACAGUUCCGUCGAGUAACAGGGGGGAAUGUAUCAUGA